UCAAUUUAGUGUUUAUUUUUUUUUUUAAUUUAAAUACAGACACUGGUGCAAGAGCAAGAGCCAAGACUCUAUAGGCGAUUUUCAAUAUCCAAAAUAUUGAAUAAUGGCUUUUAUUUGUUUAACGGGUUAUUCGGAGUUUUAUUUGUGACUACGCAGUAAAAUGAAAGUAUUUUUUUGGACAUGAAACUUCAACCACCGAAAUAUAUCAGAUAAGAAAACAUUCAUCACGCCGGGAAUCAGCCGCUCGCGUGUACAUACUUACUAACAUAAAGUUUUCCUGGAUCUACGAAUUACCAAUAUCAAUAUGAAGCUGUACUGCCUCAGCGGCGACGCCGCCAAGCCGUGCUUCGUGCUGUCGUUCAAGGAGCUGCUCAUCAUGCUGGACUGCGGGCUGUCGGCGCACUCGCUGCUCAGCUUCCUGCCGCUGCCGCCCGUGCCCAGCACGCGCCUGGCCGCGCUGCCCGCCUACUCGCCGCCGCACGUCAGCGACCCGCUGCUGGACGGCGAGCUCAAGGAGUGCUGCGGCCGCGUGUUCGUGGACAGCGUGCCUGAGUUCUGCCCGCCGCUGGACAAGGUGGUGGACUUCUCGCAGCUCGACGUCAUCCUCAUCUCCAACUACACGUGCAUGCUGGCGCUGCCCUUCGUCACCGAGGACACGGGCUUCAAGGGGCGCGUGUACGCCACGGAGCCCACGCUGCAGAUCGGCCGCUUCUACCUGCAGGAGCUGGCCGAGUGGCUGGCGCCGGGCGCGGGCGGCGCGCGCGCGGCGCGGCGCUGGAAGGAGCUGUUGCACGUGCUGCCGCCGCCGCUGGCGCACGCGCGCCCGCGCGCCUGGCGCCGCCUGUUCUCGCGCGCCGCGCUGGAGCGCUCGCUGGCGCGCGUGCGCGUGGUGGGCUACGACGAGCGCGUGGACGUGUUCGGCGCGCUGCACGCCACGCCCGUCAGCUCGGGCUACUGCCUGGGCUCCGCCAACUGGGUGCUGCGCUCGGCGCACGAGAAGGUGGCCUACGUCAGCGGCUCCAGCACGCUCACCACGCACCCGCGCCCCAUCAACCAGGCGGCGCUGCGCGGCGCCGACCUGCUGCUGCUGUGCGCGCUCACGCAGACGCCGGCGCACAACCCCGACCACAUGCUGGGCGACCUGUGCGUGCACGCCGGCGUCACGCUGCGCGCGGGCGGCGCCGUGCUGUGCCCCGUGUACCCCAGCGGCGUGCUGUACGACCUGCUGGAGUGCCUCAGCGCGCACCUGGAGGGCGCGGGGCUGGCGCACGUGCCGCUGUACGUGCUGUCGCCCGCCGCCGACGCCAGCCUGGCCUACAGCAACAUCCUGGCCGAGUGGGUGUCGGCCGGCAAGCAGGCGCGCGUGUACCUGCCCGAGGAGCCCUUCCCGCACGCGGCGCUGGCGCGCGGCGGCCGCCUGCGCCACGCGCGCGCGCUGGCCGACGACGCGCUGGCCGACUUCCGCCAGCCCUGCGUGGUGUUCGCGGGCCACCCCAGCCUGCGCUGCGGCGCCGCCGUGCACCUGCUGGAGCUGUGGGGCGCCAGCGCCGCGCACGCCGUCAUCUUCACGGAGCCCGACUUCCCGCACCAGGAGGCGCUGGCGCCCUUCCAGCCGCUCGCCAUCAAGGCCUUCCACUGCCCCAUCGACACGUCGCUCAACUUCGCGCAGGCCGGCAAGCUGGUGCGCGAGCUGCGGCCGCGCGAGCUGGCGCUGCCCGAGCAGUACGCGGGCGCGCGGCCCGCGCUGGCCGCCGACGUGCCCACGCUGCUGCUGCGCCGCGGCGCCGCGCGCGCGCCCGCCGUGCGCCGCCGCGCCGCGCGCGCCGAGCUGUGCGGCGAGCUGGCGGCGCGCGCGGCGCCGCGCGAGCUGCGCGCCGGGCUGCGCGCCGCGCCGCUGUCGGCCGCGCUGCGCGUGCGCGACGCGCGGCUGACGCUGGAGCCGGCGGCGGGCGCGGGCGCGGCGCUGCACUGGAGCGCGCUGGACGUGCCGGCGCUGGUGGCGGCGCUGGCGCGCGAGGGCGUGGGCGAGGCGCGCGUGGAGGCGGGCGCGGACGGCUGCAUCGUGCACCUGCCGCGGCACGACACGCUGGUGCACGUGGAGCGGCACGCCACGCACGUGUUCUGCGAGGGCCGCGCCGACGUGCGCCAGGCGCUGCGCCGCGCGCUGGCCGCCUGCCUGCCGCACAUCUAGCCCGACGACGAUUGUAAUACACAUUUCUACUAAAAGCUACUAAAUGUUUCAUUUCAGUCACCGUUAGAUUGUAAUAGUACCUACACUAUGUAAGUGCGGUGAGUUGAAAAUUACAGCCGAGGCGAUAUUGCAACUCGAGCCAUAGGCGAGAGCUAUAGUAAGGAAGCAGAGGCUGUGAUUAUCAAACCGCACGUAUGUCAUGCGACGUUUUAUAACACAUUUGCGAAAAAACACACUUUGAACACAUGUUCUGAAAAUUAAUUUGUUGAUUUUUCUAUUUUCCACAGAUGACAUUUUGAUGUCAUCGGAAAACAUCAUUGUCAUUUUUACACAUACCGUUAAGCGAAGUGCGUUCGUUUUUUUUCGGCAAAUGCACCAAAUACAGCCAGUAAUACUA